AUGAAGGCCAUUGUAAAUGAAGAUACGCAAGGCAACAUUGCCCAGCUACAGGCAGAAAUCAAGAAGCUGAAAGAACAGCUUUUCGAGCUGUCGAAAGGACAAAUGUCACAGUGGGCAGAGGCUAGGAGAGAUGCUGAUUCUGUGGAGAAAAGUGAAGUAGAUGACAGUAAAUGGAAGAAUCACUUUUUGGAAGCAAUGCUUCUUUGGGAGAACAGUGAAAGUCAAAACCAGAACCUGAAAGAAAAAAUUGGUCAACUUAAAGAUGUGUGUGACAAAAAGGAAAAGAUACUUCAAUCAAACAAGAUGAUUGUGAAAUUCAGAGAAACCACCAUAGCACGUUUGGAAAAGGUCCUGAAGGCAUCUCGAGAAACCCUACCUUCUGAUGAAAAGGAUGCAGUAAUCAAUGAACUGAGAGAAGAAAUUCAAACUUUAAAAGAACAGAUUGAACAAGACCCUCGGGUUGCCAGUUAUGCAAUGGAGAAUCGUGCAUUGCGGGAAGAAAACAAAUACUUAAACUCCUUGGACAGUGUGAAACGUGCUAAGGAAAUUACUUCAUGCAUGGCAGCAGAAUUGGAAAGGGCAUUUUUGCAAGCCUCUAUUUCUGAUAAAAAUGCUGGAGGUCUGACCUCGUACCAGUCACCUAUCAAAGUUGAAAACGUUUCUGCAGCAUCACAAGAAAGGCUUAAAGCUCGACUUCUACAAGCGCAGAAUGACAUAUCUUCUGUUAAACAGGAAUAUGAAGAGUUUCAGGAGCUGACCAAGAAGAGACAAAUGGAGUUGGAAUCAGAGGUCCACACUCUUCAAAAGGCCAACCAGCAUCUAGAAAAUAUUUUGGAGGCGACUAAAGCUCUCACACGUCAGGAAGUCUCCCAGCUAAAUAAGAUGCAUGUUGAAACAAUCAAGAAUUUGACCACACCAACAAAGUCUAUUUACAAUCUACGAUCUCGAAUGAUUCUACGAAUGAGUCCCGAAGGAACGCCUGGUCUCUGCGCAGAAAUGGAGCCAGAGACUCCAGAAGGUGAUAUAAUGAAUGAGACUUUGCCACCUGAAAUGAAUGAACAGGCUUAUGAAGCGAUUGCUGAAGAGCUUCGAAUGGUCCAAGAGCAGUUGUCUAAUCUCCAGACUAAGCUAGAUGAAGCAGAGAGCAAAAAUGUAAAACUUCAACAGAACAUUGACAAACUGGAACAUCAUUCUGCUCAAAUGAAUGAGCUCAUCAUAUCUGAACGGAAUGAUAGAAACAAGGACCAACAGAAGCUGAUUAUGAAGAAUGCAUUUUUUGAGAAAGAGCUGCACGAUUGUCAGAAUAAAAAUGAGAUAUUACAGAGUGAAGUAAACGACUUGCGUGUUGUGCUGCAUUCAGCUGACAAAGAGCUUACCAAUGUAAAGGAAGAAUAUAGCUCCUACAAAAUUAAACAAGAUGCAGAGCAUAGUCAUCUUUCUGAGCAGUUCAUAAAUGUCCAGUUACAGCUGGAUAACAUCAGGCUGGAAUAUGAGAGAGUCCUGGAAGAGAAGAGGUCGCUCCAAGACUCUUACGAUAAUCUACAGGAAGUUAUGGAGUUUAAAGCAUAUGAAACUGACCAUCUGCAUGAGAAUCUAGAACAGAUGAAGGUAGAAAAUGAAGAGUUACGAACGGAAAUUUGUUCUUUAAUGGAGCAUUUAGAGACUGAAAAAGAACGAACUCAAAAACUUGCUUCACAGCUUCAACAGGACAUUGAAAACAACUCCAAGGAGCUUUUGAAGGCCUUGGAUGAAAAAGAUCUGCUGAAGCAACAGUUUUCUGGUCUAAUGUUGAAGACUGAACAUCAGGCAAUAGAACUGAAAAAUAAGGAGCAGAGUCUGGAUGAUGCAAAAAAGACAAUCGCUGAUCUAGAGAAGAAGAAUGCUGCUGACCAGGAAGUUGUAACAGUCCUGAUGAAUCAAAUACAGGAAAUGAGAAAUUCAUACAGUCAGAAAACAGAGACAGUAUCUCUCUUGACUCAGGAAUUGGAGGAUAUCAAGUUGAAGUACAAUGCUGCUCUGGUUGCUAAGGAAGAAAACAAAGCCUUUAUUGAAAGAAAGGAGAAAGAAAUCUUGGAAAUGAAAGAGGCUAUAGAGAGAAAAGAGAAUUCAUGUAAUGUGCAGAUGGAGAUGCUUUGUGAAGAUUUGACUAAUGCCACUCAACAGCUUGAUCAGCUGACAGAGGACUCCCAAAAACAGGCAGCAAUAUUACAGAUAAUGCAAGAAGAAGCAGAAAAAAAUGCAAUGACCAUUAAAGAACUUCAUGAUCAGCUGAAGGUGAAAGAUGCUGAAAUUCAAGCAACAAAAAGUAAAAACGAACAGAAACUUGGGCAGAUUGAAUCCUUCAGAAACAUUUCUGUUGACAAGCCACAGAGUCCAAGGACGCCUUAUGUUUCUGUUAGAUCCUUUGAGUCACAACAAGAGAAACUAGAUGAUCGAAGGGCAUCCGAAGCCACCUUAAAACUGUUAUUGAGUGAGUUGGAAGCAGAAAGGUCAGCCAAGAAUGAACAAAUUCUACAACUGAAGAGCCAGUUAUGUGAAUCAAAGAAUCUGCGUUUGGAAAUGGAUGCUUUGGAGAAACACUGUCGGAAUUUGGAAAGCUCUCUAGAAAAAACACAGAGAAGUGGCAAUGUAACCAACCAGGAGGAUCUGAAUGAUGUUGAGAAGAAAUUAAAAGAAGAAAUGAAGGCCAAGGAAGCAGCAUUACAAAAGCUAGCCGCUGUGGAAACUGAAUUAACGGAGAAAAGAACAACUCUGGAAACUAUUCAGUGGUCAAUUAAAGGGUUUCAGGAAGAAGUGGAGCGGACCAGAAGUUUAGAAGCAAAAGCUUUUAGUGAUAAAGAAGAGUUUCGGUCAGCAUUCGAAUCUGCUUGUGAAGAGAAAGAGAGACUUAUUUGGGAGGUUGAAACUCUUAGGGUACAAGUGGCCAGCCUUACUGAAGAGAAUGGUAAAUUGGUCGGACACCAGAACUUGCAACAAAAAAUACAGCAUUUGGUUAAAGUCAAGAAGGAAAAUGUUCGUCUCCUGGAGGAAGUAAACUUGCUGAAAUUGGAGAACAUGAAACUGAAAGAACUUAAGAAGCAUGAUACGAAUGAAUUUACUUGCCUGAGAAUUUGUACGGAGGGAAAGCAUGAAAAUGUAGAGCAAUAAUGUGUAAAUGUUAUUUUUCUAUUUUGAGUUCUAGUAGACAAUUUCAAACUUGCUCUUUUUUUUAAAAUCUGUCAACAGCAACCUGAUUUGAAGUACCAUAUCAUAUUGUGCUUAAGGAAAACUGAGUUGAAAUUGUUGAAGUAAUGACUGUUGUGAACCUCAUACUUGGGUAUAGUUGCCUUCCAGAAAGGUUUUUUAAACUAUUAACUUCAAUUACUAAUUGUUGAAGUAUCUCUGAAGUCUCAACCUUAUUGUGCUCUGUCUUCAUACCCAAUGAACAGUUCUUGUCAAUUUUGCUACCAUUAGAUUAUUGUCGUGAACUGUUCUUUAUUUAGCAUUGGUAUCAAAAUGUAUUGUGAUUUUAUUUUUAUACAUCUUUACAUGUUAAUAGCUUUUUUCUUUUGAUUUGAGAGGAGAGAUUUUAAACUUGGAGAGUAGAUUUCGAUCAGGUUGAUCUACUAGAAUAACUUGCAGUCAGGAUUUGGCAAACUGUCAAAUUCAAAUUUACCGAGCAGUCACCGGAGUAACCUUUGUGACCUUCCAUCCUCCUAUUUCUGUGAUAAUUUUCAGAUUGCUGCAGUUCUCCAACUUGAAGUCCUGAAUUUUCAGCGCAGCACUCCUGACUUCUGAUUUAUGCAAAUAAAAUCUUUUACUGGGCUUGCCUGGUUUUUCUUGAAUUUCACCCCAUAUUUCUCCUCCUGAAAAUGAUAGGUGUGAGAGUAUAAUUAUGAGAGCUAGCAGCUCUAUACAACCCUGAAUGGAUGUCUGAUAUCUGACCAUAGUGAGUAUGUGGGAAAGUUCUGCCCAGUUUUCGUCUGUUUCAUUUCCGCCACUGUUGCACAAAAUCCAAGGAUUUAAGGCUAAUUAUAGCACCCUGUUGUGAACUUGUUUGGGACCUACUAAUUUUCAUAAAUUAAGGAAUCAGAAUAGUAGAAUGCUGAGCAUGAAUAUUUCUGAAGCAGAAAGUAUGUGUAUAUGUAGUUAAAUAUUCUUGUAUAAAAAUGUUAAAACAAUGUGGGGUUAUCAUUGGCUGUCAUUUUGUGAACUGAUGACAGACAAAAAUGCCUCCUACCUCUCAUACAGAAACAAACAAGCAAUUGUGUGAACUAACCUCAGGACUUCUCAACUGGUUCAUUGUUCACCUCCAUCAGAUAAAUUUAAAUGAGCAAAAGGUUUAACAGCAUUUUUCAUUACAUUCCUCAUUCCAUAUAAUGUGAAGCCAGAAACAACUGUAUUUUUUAUGAGUCACUUAAGUCAGAUCUAAGUGCAUCUGCCCAAUUGGAUUUCAUGCUAGGUUUAUUAUCUUGGUUGUAAUGUCUGUGGGAGCAAUGCCAAAUAGAAGCCAAGCACUUUUGAUGACGGAGAGGGGAAGCAUCAAUGUGAUUCAUGUUUGCUGCCUGAUUGGUAUUUCUCAGCUGAAACAAGAACAAAGCACAUUAUUGUUCAGAUCUUAAAGGAGUAAUAGAGCAUUGUAUGUACAUACCUAAAAAAGAGAGAUGCACAUUUCAGCACAUUGCCAAUGGUAUAUGACCAAUCUGUACACAAUAAAAGUAUAUUGAUUCUUUUUUUUUAAUUGAACUUCUGAAAUGAAAUUUCCUCUAAUUUUAAAGGAAUAAUGAUGAGUAUGGCAGUAAUGUGUCUUUGCACUUGCAAGUCAGAUGUGUGUAUUCUGGUCUGGCUAGCAAAUUUGGGCAAGGACUGAAGUCGAUAAUUGCUCAGUUAUUUUGUCUUCAAAUAGGUGAGAUUGUGCAAGACUGUGGGAAUAAUUUGUGACUGAUGUAAGACGGUGGAUUCUAAACAGCGUUGAUGAACACUGAAAGGGAUCCAGUUUCUUUGAAGACUUCUAAUGGAAUUUUAAAAAAGGAGUCCAGGUGUACUAAGUCCAGCAAUUCACCGUUCUUGUUGGUCACACAAUGUAAUUAAAAUGGCAGCUCAAACUGUAAAUGAGUUUUUAAAAGUUAUUAUGUACUUUGUCUUUUGUCU